UGAAGAGUGGUACGACCUGUAUACGCAGUUGCUCGCUGUGAGAUAUACCAUCUCAGUGCAGAGGGGGGGGUUCUGUCGGUGAGGAAUGACACGGGUGGCACGACGUCCCUGUCCUCUCAGUACAGUCGUUCUCCUUCGUUGUUUUCAGGCAGUUUCCGCUUAAUAAUUAUAAAUAAAUGAGAGAACGGACUGAUGUCAGGUCACCUCCCCCCCGGCCUCGGUGCAGGUGGUAGAUUCCGCAGCGCAGUGUGAGCUGGGCCCGCCUUCUCUGUCAUCUCUGCUUGCUGUUCCCCGGGGUCCGGAGCGGACACUCGGCCACAGGCGGCGCUCGCUUCCCGGACACUUCCAUGGCUCUGUGCGGGGAUGUGGGAGCCUCGUCCCUCCCCAGCGAGCUGGUCGUGCAUAUUUUCUCGUUCCUCCCGGCCGCAGACCGGCUGAGGGCCUCGACGGCUUGCUCUCACUGGCGGGAGUGUCUCUUCUAUCCGGCGCUGUGGCCGGAGCUGCGCCUGAGCCUUCAGGCUUCCCUGGCGGAGAGGCCGCGCCUGGAAUUCCUCAUGCGGAAAUGUGGUUGCUUUGUCCGGGAGCUGCGGGUGGAAUUUGCGGCGGAGAAUUACCUGUCCGGCUCUGCCGAGCCCAGCGGCGCCUCUCCCCCCUCCUGCUCCACACAGGACGACGGGGACUCGCAGCCCUCCGGUAGGUGGCUGGAGGUGCUGAGGACCUACCUGGAGCUGGUGCUGUGUGUACUGAGCAGUAUCCGGGGCAACAGGAAUCUUCAGAAGCUGAGCCUCUUUGGUGACAUCAGUAUUUUGCAACAGAACGGCACCAUAACAAGUACCUACCUAAAUAAAGUGGACCCGGGCGGCAAAAAGAUGCAAAAGAUCCAGCAGCUGUUCGAGGAGAUCCUGGCAAACAGUCGGCAGCUGAGGUGGCUCUCCUGUGGAUUUAUGCUGGAGAUCGUGACGCCUACCUCUCUGGCGUCCUUGUCUAAUCCAGUGGCCAAUACCAUCGAGCACCUGAGCUUACUGGACAACCACACGUCGGUCAACACCACCCUGUUGACGGCCAUUGAGCUGGAACGCUUCGUCAACCUGCGCUCCCUGGCUCUGGACUUCUGCGACUUCACGGCGGAAAUGACGCGAGUGUUGGCGAACAAUAACCACGUGCCUUUGCAUCGACUCUCUCUCCUGGUCCACAACACUUCCCUAAAGAGUAAAACCCUGGACAAGAUGCCAGAGGACGAGGACUGGAGAGCCUUGACCCGAAACAGCGGCAACCUCCGAGUCUACAUGAUGGCGUUUGACGUGAAGAGCGACGACAUGUUACGAAUACUUAAGCCCAGCAUACCGCUGGAGAGGAUUCACUUUGACAGCUACAUCACGUGCGUGUCCGGGGCGGUGGUGGACCUCAUCUCCAGGCAAUACGACACAUUCCUCACGCACUUCAUCCUCAUGAACGACGUCAACGACAUGUCUGGGUUUCCCGAUCUCAGUGACAAUAGGAACGAAGACCCUCUGGUUCUCUUGGCUUGGAGGUGCAUGAGGCUGUCCCUGCUGGCUAUCCACGGUUACACAGUCUGGGCCCACAACCUGAUAGCAAUCGCCCGUCUCCGAGGUCCAGACCUGAAAGUCCUGGAAGUGACCGAAGAAAGCAUAGACUUUGACCAAAGCGAGCUGGCCGACCAAGACGUGGACCCGGUGCACAACCUCAUAGAGCAGGUGUCCAUCGGGCUGGCCCGGCCCUGGCGCGCUGUCAUGGACAUCGAAUUGCUCAGCGUAUUCACCGAGCCGGCUCGCCACUUUUACCGAGAGAUGCAAAACUUCAGCGAAGGCAUUUAAACUUUUUUUUUUUAUUUUUUUUUUUUUUUUAUAUCCAGAUUUUUUUUAUUUUAUUUUAUUUUUGCUUCCGCCCCCCCCCCCCCUCCCCACCUUUUCCUUGUGGUUACAAUAUGCAAGUAGGGUCUUUAUCAUGUUCCCUCAGUAGAGUGAGUUAACCCCUUUGUGCUGUGUUUAAUCAGUAUUAGCGCUAUGUAAAAAAAAAAAAAAAAAAAAAAUUGUCCGUGUGUAUCUACUCUAUCAGACUAAGGAACGGGUGACCGGGUCUGGGUUCAGAAGCUGAAAGCGACGCCGUUCAGGCUCUUCAUGGUUAAAAGUGAUUCUCCUGGACACUGGAGCUCGGCAGGUCAUGGGCGGACAGUAGAGAAUCUCCUUUCCUGCGCAGUUAGCAAAGAACGAGAGCACUUACGGCAGAAACUUCUUGUGCAGAACAAAAACCUUCUUGAUCUUCUUCUUUUUUUGUUGUUUGUUUUGUUUUUACUUUUAUUUUUUUUAAUUUUUUUUGCUUUACCCCUUCUACAUAGAUGUUUUUUGAUUUGCAUGAACUCCACUGUGGGGCUUGUGUCUGGAAAAGGAUAACUGGCGAAAUUGCACUUGCCCCUUCCAGGUCAAACAAAACUUAGGGGGGAUAAGUGCCCUUUAAAGGGGUCGUCCAAGACUUUGCUAUUGCUGGGCUAUCCUCAGAUCGGUGAGGGUCUGGCUCCCGGCCGAUCAUAGACUCUGCGGCAGGGGUCAGCAACCUCCGGUACUCCAGGUGUUCUGAAACUACAACUCCCAGAGUGCUCCCUUCACUUCUAGGGAAGUUAGAAGAACAGCCUGCUGGGAGUUGUAGCUUCACAACAGCUGGCGUGCCGAUCCCUGCUCUACAGCGAGUGCAGCGGCAUCUUCCUGGACCAGUGAUGUCACCUUCAUCGGUCACAUGGCUGAUAUUGAUUACCUGGUCAGCAAUAUUAUAUGCGUUUUUCUGUAUUUUCAUGUAGG